CCUGGCCACUGGGCUGUCUCCCAGGGGAUCCCCCCACCUAUGAGUCCGUGUCUGGGGUGCAGGGGGGCGGGGUCUCUGGGGGUGCGAGUGUGUAUCAGGACGCUGGGGUGUCUCUGAGGGGCUUUGGGUGCCUCGGGAUGUGGCUCCGGGACCCCCCACCUCUGAGAGUCUGGGGUGCAGACUCGGGCUCUGGCUGUGUGUGGGCUCAAGCAGGAGUGCUGACUAGCUGCUCCUGCGGGGGCGGGCGUGCACAGGCAUCCCCGGCCCCCUGGCCCUGGGCGGAGGUUGGCCCCAGUGCGUGCCGCGGCACAUCUCUCCCGCCUGGUGUGUCUGGGCGCUGUAGAAGGGGCCCCUGCCUGGCUCCUGUUCAGGCACAGUCAGGUGCUCCCCUCCCCAAGGAGACGGGCAGCAUCUCGAGGGCAGGGCCUGACCCCAGCCUUUCUCAGCAUCCCCAGCACGUGGCACAGCGCUUGGCACAUAUUCGGGACUUAACCAAGGAUCCCUCGGUGGCCUAGUGCGCCAGCCCACGCGUAGGUGGGUGGGUGGAUAAACUGGGAUUCGGCCCGCAGGGGCGCGGGGCGCAUGCGUGGUCCCCUCUUUGACUCUGAGUCCGGGACGUGAGCUGAUGCCAGUGCCGGCCUGCAGGGGGCACCGGCGUAAAGUUGCGUGUGGGCGGGCGGUCCGGGAGGCGGCGCAUGCGCAUCCUAGUCUCUCUCGCGCUCUGUCAGUAGGGGGUGCGUGGGCGCGGCGGCCGUCUCGCCGGGCCUGGGUAAUCGAAUUGGCCUUCUUCCCAUCGUUCUACCUGCGAAGCCUCUUUCGGUCACCCCGGCUCCUCUCUUCGGCCUAGUCUCCGUCUUUCCGACUCUCACCCCGGCUAGCCCAGUGUGCGCACGCGCAAGCCCCGCCCCAUGGCUCCCCGCUAGUUCCUUGUCCACGUGACCCUAAAGUCGGCUCUUCUCCUUUCCCCUACCUUCCCCCCCAUCCCCGCCCGGCGGCCGGUCCUUCCGCAUCGGCGCGCACCCGCGAAGGCCCCGCCCCUCGCCGCGCGCCCGCCCGCCCUCCGGCAACCAGCCAGUCAGUCAGUCCGUCAGUCAGUCGGCGCAUCGGUCCGUCAGUUGGACGACAGGCAGGCAGGCAUUCCGCGGGCCCGCAGUAGUGCUCUUUCUGUGGUUGGUGCCCGGCGCCUCCUCGUCCUCCUCAGCUUCGUCCUCCUUGUCCUCUUCUCUCUCCCCCUCGGCCCGGGCGGCGGUGGCGGCGGCGGCCAUCAUGGCGGCAGGAGGCGGCGGCGCGGGUCCCGAGAUGGUCCGCGGGCAGGUGUUCGACGUGGGCCCACGCUACACCAAUCUCUCGUACAUCGGCGAGGGAGCCUAUGGCAUGGUGUGUUCUGCGUAUGACAACGUCAACAAGGUCCGCGUGGCCAUCAAGAAAAUCAGCCCCUUUGAGCACCAGACCUACUGCCAGCGGACCCUGCGCGAAAUCAAGAUUUUGCUGCGCUUCCGCCACGAGAAUAUCAUCGGCAUCAACGAUAUCAUUCGGGCACCAGCCAUCGAGCAGAUGAAAGAUGUAUAUAUCGUACAGGACCUUAUGGAAACGGACCUUUACAAGCUCUUGAAGACGCAACACCUCAGCAAUGACCACAUCUGUUAUUUCCUUUACCAGAUCCUCAGAGGUUUAAAAUACAUCCAUUCAGCCAACGUUCUGCACCGUGACCUCAAACCUUCUAACUUACUGCUCAACACCACCUGCGAUCUCAAGAUCUGUGACUUUGGCCUGGCACGUGUUGCAGAUCCAGACCAUGACCACACAGGCUUCCUGACAGAAUAUGUGGCCACACGCUGGUACCGAGCACCUGAAAUCAUGCUGAAUUCCAAGGGUUACACCAAGUCCAUUGACAUCUGGUCUGUGGGCUGUAUUCUGGCUGAGAUGCUCUCCAACAGGCCCAUUUUCCCUGGAAAGCAUUACCUUGAUCAGCUGAACCACAUUCUCGGCAUUCUUGGGUCUCCUUCACAAGAAGACUUGAAUUGCAUAAUAAAUCUAAAAGCCAGGAACUAUUUACUGUCUCUUCCUCACAAAAACAAGGUGCCGUGGAAUAGACUCUUCCCCAAUGCCGACCCCAAAGCCCUGGACUUACUGGAUAAGAUGUUGACGUUCAACCCUCACAAGAGGAUCGAAGUGGAGCAGGCGCUGGCCCACCCCUACCUGGAGCAGUAUUACGACCCCAGUGACGAGCCUGUGGCCGAAGCCCCGUUCAAGUUUGACAUGGAGCUGGACGACCUGCCCAAGGAGAAGCUGAAGGAGCUGAUUUUUGAAGAGACUGCUAGAUUCCAGCCCGGAUACCGAUCUUAACUUUUUACAGGGGACCCUGACGAGCUCCGCGGGGACGUUCCUCUUCCCAGUUCUCGGUCCUCGGUCUGUCCCUCUGGCCUGUCUCGGCUUCUCCACUUUCAGCCCCUCUGAGGGGCGGCUUUGGUAGUUGUGGCUUCUCUGCUUUUGAUGAAUUCUUUCAGCCUGAAGAAUUGUGAUUGACACUCCUGUGUGUUCCCCAUUGGUGACCCGCCACAGGCGGCAGCGUGUGUCCGCUCGCCCUCGUCUAGUCUCCUGCUUGCUUUCUGGGUUGAGAGACGCCGCCCGGCCCCGUCACUGGCACCUUGUUUUCUCUCUGUGUGUGAGGGGGGCCACGAUUCGGACUGUCGCGGGCACUUUACGUCAGUGACCCCCUCGUUUGCACUUGGACUUCCCCGAGCAGGAGCCCCGGAAAGCGCCCUUAAUUCGGCCUCAGAUCCUCGCGCCGUUGCUUUCCGGCCGGCCUCUCUCGUAACUGCUUUGUCCAGCCCCAGCAGAUGGGGAUUUUGUCCCAAAGGCCCGAGGCGGCCGCCCCAUAGCAUGCUGGGGCCGUUGUGCGCCGGCUACCCUCCCCUUUCUCGGGGCUCGGGCCCUUCCAAAGCUCCUGUAUGCAGUAGUGAGUGUUUACAGAGUAUGCAAAAAGACCCUUCCCCUAAGUGAGGGGACCCUGCCAGGGAGGGAGGCCUGCCCGGUGCAGGUCUGAGGGCUGGGAGCAGAGGAGGGGCCGCCUCGCCCGCUCAUUCCCAACCACCCAGCGCUGGGCCGGGCAGGAGGAGCCCCUGUGCCAGGGUCCUCCUUCCUCGGUGACGUCCCCUCCUCUCUCUGCCGCUGUCCUCGCGCCAUGGGGAGACCCCUUCCUUGUUCCAGAUACGUCCCGUGCCCUCCUCGCAUGACUGUUGCUGCUUCCUGGACGCCUGUCUCCGCGCCCCUCGCCCAUGGACAGACCCCAAAUCUCUCGUUACCUCUGAGUCGUGUCCACUGAGACUCGGGCCUCUCGGCCCCUCUCCUCCUCCUCCCUGGCGCGGACAGGCGCGGAGGCCGUGCCCUCUUGUGCCCGGGCCGCACCUGCACGCUAAGAGGAAGUUUGGGUUUUCUCUGGGCUGGCGUGUGGGGACGGCACAGGCUUGCCUGCCCCUGGGCCGCGCGGCCUGCCUUCCCUUCGUUCCUGGGAUGGGCGUGAGGUUGGUAGGAAACCAUAUUCUCCUCUCGAAGGGCUCCUCGGGCGCCGGGACGGCGCGAGCCCCCAGGCCUCCCGGCUCUGUGCAGAAGCCCAGCGGGCACUGGGGCACAGUGCCAGCUCGUGUAGGGCGUAGAGAGAGCUCCGAUCCCUCCGCCUCCCCUUCCUGAGGAGCGUGCAUGACUUUAUCUUCCCUGCUGCUCCCCGAUGCUUUUCAAAUGGAUUUAUCUAGAUUAAGAACUGGAAGCUGUAGGCCAGCCCCCUCGUGUUACAGAUGAUGAAACUCGAGGCCUACAGAGUUCAAGUGACUGAUCCAAGGUCACUCGUCAUAAAAGGGUCUGGAUUGGAACCCAGGUUCUCUGCCUCCACAUUCAGCACUCUUUCCUCUGGACCAUGCUGCUUCCUUUGCCUCUGUAUUAAAAGUUCGGUCUUGAGACCGUCCUCACUCCCCGGCCUCGGUGGGUCCCUAAUCCGGUGCUCUGGGCAGCCGCCUCGGCUUGCGCCAAGCCCUUUGGCCUCGAGUUUGUAGUGGCUGUUGGCAUCGGGCAUGCUGGCAGAAACCCGCUAGGAACGAGUGGCCUUGGUUGAAAUGCUUUCAAAAUCCUCCCGUGACACCAGAUAUGCAAGAACCCAAGCCCGCUCCCCGGCCUCCGGGUCGCGCUUCCCCAAAAGGCUUUUCACUGUUGAGCAUGCGCUCCCGGAUGGCCUGGACUCGCCGGCCUCUGGGGUCCCUGCCGGGAGGAGCCCGGGAGCGACAGACCCUUGAUGCUUGCGGGGACCCCAGAUCAUCUGGUUCAGCUCGCCCAUUUUACAGGAGAGGAAACUGAGACCCAGGUGAGGGCUGAGUGGCCAUCCUUGGUGAAAAACACACUGCCCGCCGUCUGCCCCGCGUCCCCCUUAGACCAUUUCAGAGCAGCUAUUCAGUUGGAGCUCUUUCUUAUGUUGAUCUAAUUUUUAAAGAAAUUGGUAACUUUUGUAGUCUGUAGUAUGGUACUAGGACGUCCACGCCUGCAUCUGCACACGCACGUGACCGGGGCCCUCGCGGAGUACUUUUAUAUUUGUAAAUCACUGUUUCUGAGUAAGCCCCCUCGGCGGGGAAUAUUUUUGUAAAUGCAGCCAUUAAAAACUAUCGGGCAGUCCUUCUGCUGACACUUUUCGAUGCACUCGGGCUUUUAUACGGCUGUGCCGACGUCGGUCCGGCCGAGCAGUCUUUCUCCUGCCGCCCGGCCGGCCCAGAAGAGCACGUGAGAAAGGGCGGCCGUCCACCCCGGCGUCCGCACUGCCCUCUCGGGGGCCGGCCCGAGCGUAGGCAUUCGCCGAACACGUCCCAGAAAACCAACGGCUUUGUAUGUACCUGCUUUGUCUUGUCGGUGCCUUUUUAGUAUUGUCCCCCUUAACCUCUGCAGAAGCGACUUCACGGAGAACGCGGAAAAGGGAGAUUUUUAUCGAGAAUCUGAAUGUAUAUUAUUCAUUGUAGUGUUUCAACUGAACAUAUCUCUCUCGUGGCAUUUGUGAGCUGGUUCAUCUGUACAAACCGAUUCCAGUGGAUUCUUUGGCUGUUGUACCAGUCCCUUUGGAGCAAACCAACCUGAUUCAUUGAAUGUUUAUGGCUUUUGGACAUCGAAUCAUUAAAUCGUGGCCCUGUCUCACCCCAA